ACCAGAAGUCCUCACUAGGCCAGAUUUUCAACGCCGAUCGUCAGUCAAUGUUAGCGGAAAUCAGAGAUCUAAGAGCUCAUACCAACAUCUCUAUGAUGAAACAUCAGGAAGAACGAGAGAAAAUGUCAGAGCAGCUCAGUGGUUUAGAAGAACAAACCACAAGGAAAGAAAGACAAGCUAAAAUACAAGCACAAAUGUUAGAAUUUAAGUUACAGCAAGAAAAAAUACUCAAAGAUGAUGUCAGAUCUCGUUACGAUAUGGAAUGUGAAAGAAAAAGUGAGUUAUCUACCCUGUUGUCCAGAGAGAAGAAUCAUAAUCUUGAUCUUCAGAAAGAAACUUCCAAUCUACAGUAUCAGAUCUCCAAACUGAAAGACGCACUUGAGAGAGAACAAAGUAGAUUUGUUUCCGUAUCGGAAAUGUGGGAUUCUUUGGUGUAAGUUACUGUGUGUAUGCUUUGUGUAAGUCUAGUAUCUUU